UCUACGAACGUCAAAAACAAAAAUAAAAACAAAAAAAUCGCCUGAAAGCGAACGUAAACAAGUAAUCCAUUGAAAAUCAUGUCAAUCGACAAGAAGCUGGCCGGCAUUCGACAAAUCAGCCAGGAAAAACUGCAAAACAUUCUAUGCUCGAUACCGAGCAGCCAGAAAGAUCUAGUCAUCGAACCAUGUCUCAUCAAACCAUUGGAACAUGUUUGCGGGGCGUCUUGGCUGCGUGUCAAAGGAAUCAACAAAAUAUUCAGAUUCGAUCAAGACAAUGCACCGCCCAAGGCAGCAACAAUGGUCUACAUGAUUACCUCGAAGCUGAUUAUGUUCAAGCAUGUCUUAGAUCAGAUACAUAAAUUGGAACCGAUGGCCAAUGAGAAUGCAGACGAUUUGAUUCAUUUUCAUGUUAUCGUUGUACCCAACGUGUUGCAUUCGUUCGAAGUGUUAAUGGAGGAGAUGGGCUUGUUCGGACUCGUUCAAUUGCAUCGAUUCAAUUGGGACUUCAUCCAUUUGGACACAAACAUCGUGAGCUUGGAGUAUCCGCAAAUUUAUCGAGAAGUUUUCGUCAAAGAUGACUUGUCGCUGAUUAGUUCCGUUGCGCACAGUCUGCGACUGUUCAACUUGGUAUUCGGAAAGCCACGGUUGAUUCUGACGUACGGAGAACAUUCCGAGAAAAUUCUUGACAUGGUGGAUCGGAUCGAAGGAUUCCAAGCAUCGAAUGGCCAACAUAAGACAUCCGAUUUCAGUGCAAUGGUCGUCAUCGACCGAAACAAGGACUAUGCAUCGUGCUUACUGACACCAGUCGUUUAUUCGGGACUUCUACUGGAAAUAUUCGAUUCCGUAUCGGGUACAUUACAAAUCGAUGUCAAUGCCAACAAAAUCAAGUCCGAGAAAUUGGACUAUCUGCAAGUGAAUCCGACGACGGUACAGUCGACAGCAGAUGUGACACAUCUCAGAUUGAGCGGGUCGACUGAUAAAAUCUACAACGAAAAUCGCUAUCGCCACUUUAGUGAAGUAGUGACGCUGUUGAGUGCUCAGGCCAAAGCACUGGGUAUGGAAGGAAAGAAUUUGAAGGGCAUGCAAUUGGCCGAGAUACAAGAGUACGUAUCGAAAAAGUUGCCUCAAGUUGCUAGUCAGAAGAAGGAUCUGAUCAAACAUUUGAUUUUAUGCGAGACCAUUGUGAACGAAUUGGGAGCUCAAUUCGAGAAGAUACAAACGAUCGAAGAGUCAAUGCUGUUCAACCGAAAUAAGAAGCAAAUAUACGCUCAAAUACAGGAAAUUCUGAGCAUCGAUGCACACCGUUUUAACGCCUUGCGACACAUAUGCUUGAUGCAUUUAACAUGUGGAUUAACCAACGAAGAAGCCACCGCAUUCAUUACAAAUUACUUGAACGCAUUCGGGCACAAAAGUAUGUCAGUCUUUCCGAGUCUGACGAAUGCCGGCCUCUUCCCCGAAAUCGAGAACGUAACCAAAGCCAAGCUGCCAACGCUAAGUUUACCGAAGUGGCAGAGUGCCUUUCAGAUCGAAGCCAAUAAAUUGAAACUGUUACCCGAACACGAUCUUGCUGCCAAGACCGAUCCAAUUUGUCCCAGUUACGUGUUCAACGGAUCGUACGUUCCACUCGUAGCUCAACUGGCUAGUGCACUCCUGACAUCCGACAAUUUCGAACAAUUUUCUACGAAAGCCGGCUCUACGGACCAGUUGAGACUGUUCAAAUAUUUCGAUAGAAGUAAAGAAUCUGUCAAGGAGAUCGGUGUGGCUGUGAAAACUGGUGCUGUUGCUGAUGUAUUCCCACUGAAACCGAAGACAAUAUUCGUUUUCAUUUUGGGUGGGUUGACUUAUGCCGAAGUGGCUGCGUGCCAAUUUGUUGAACGAAUGAGUGGGGCGAAAAUUGUAAUCGGUUCGAAUUGUAUGAUGUCCGGCCGGGACAUUGUUGAGGCAAGUUUUUAAUGUUUACCAGGAAGUGAUGUGGAAUUUUAUUAAAGUUCUUAAUAAAUUAAAUUUUGGUUACACGUUUA